AUGCGACUUGCAUCGCGAACUUCGACGCACAGACAUCACAGCGAGCCGGCGCUGGUGCAAAGCAGGAUCCAGCAGGUGCUCUCUAGAAUUACUUUGCUGCACAGCCCCUUCAAACACUUUCAGGUGCCCUUUCUAGACGGUAACCACAUACUCCGACGUGUGGCCGAACCCGGCGCAGAACAAUGUGACAUGGUGGUCUACGAUGAAAGCCACCACGUCUUCUCUCUUCCGCCUGAAGAAAUGAGCUCGACGCUCCUCCCAAGCCUGUCGCCAAAGCGCCGACUGCUCUUGUCAGAUGAGUCACAGUCGGCUUCGGUAAGCCAGACCUACCCCGACAUGGCCAGGGUGAAACUUUCCGAGGUGGUCCGCAGCACUAAGCGCAUUGUAGCAGGUGCAGCCACGUUUCAGCUGAACACGCAGGGAGAAGAUGACGCGAGUUCUUUGGGCUCCGACGGACC